GUCACGUCAAGGAUUUUACGUUGUUAAUAAGUUAUGUCCCUAUGUUAUAAGAGUAGGCUAUCAAAAAUCCGUUAUUGUACGUGAAAAAUCAACUGUUUUGAUAAAGAAUAUUUUCCAAGCGAUAUCUAAACCGGAAAUCGGUGCCGAUCAUGAUGUUUUAGAAUCACAUCCUCCAUCAUAUGAAGAUGUCAUGAUGGAGGAUGCUCGCAGAGACCGGGAGAGCUCUGUCGAUGCAGCUUCUAUGAGAGAAGAAAUAGAGCUGCUCGAAGAGAUUUUAGGAAUUUUCGAUGAGGAAGAAGACGAGGAAUAA